GCAAUGAGCCCCUUGAUGUUGCAGCGCAAAUAAAGGGAGAUAGCGGACACUAGGCUGUGGCUAAAAACUUUUUAUACUGUCAUGUUACAGCUAUGGCUUUUGCGUAACCAUAGACUAGGGAUCGGGAUCCCUGCACGCGGCUGAGAUCGGGAAGAAAAGGAAGGGCAAGACUUUCGGGGAGGGGAAAGCAAGUAACGGGAAGGCAAAUCCAAGUGACUUACAGCAAGAUUCCGAAGUUGUGAUUUACCUAGAAGUAACGGUGGAGAAGCGAGCAGCCUUUCAAAGAUGAGCUUGCUGUCUGCCAUAGACACCAGUGCCUCUGUGUACCAGCCUGCACAGCUCUUAAACUGGGUAUAUCUUUCUUUACAAGACACCCACCAGACCAGUGCCUUUGAGGCGUUCAGACCAGAGACUAAUUCUUCCCAUCCGGAUCUGAACUAUACCAAGCCUCCCGCUGCCGACCUGAGCUCCUCUAUAAAUUCCAACUAUCUCAACAACUUCUUUCAGCUGCAAAGGAACGAGGCCUUGAACAACGGCCUCUACAAGAGCGGCUCGCCGUAUGGCUCCCUCAACAACAUCGUGGACGGCCUGAGCUCGCUGACCGACCACUUCUCCGACCUGUCCCUCUCCUCCGAGCCGCGGAAACCCAGCAAGAGGCCGCCGCCCAACUACCUGUGCCACCUGUGCUUCAACAAGGGACACUACAUCAAAGACUGCCCGCAGGCCCGGCCGAAGGGGGAAGGCCUGACCCCGUACCAGGGCAAGAAGAGGUGCUUCGGAGAGUACAAAUGCCCCAAGUGCAAAAGGAAGUGGAUGAGCGGGAACUCCUGGGCCAACAUGGGACAGGAGUGCAUCAAGUGCCACAUCAACGUUUACCCACACAAGCAGCGGCCCCUGGAGAAGCCGGACGGGCUGGACGUGUCGGACCAGAGCAAGGAGCACCCGCAGCACCUGUGUGAGAAGUGCAAGGUGCUGGGGUACUACUGCCGCCGCGUGCAGUAACGCCUGGAGAGGUUCUUCAGUCCUCAGCCCCCAACCGCCCCCCCUCGCCAGAGCGCAUCUUCAGCCCCAGCUCCCCCCCCCCCGGUCCUGUGACCCCUCGCCAGUCCGUCCACCAAGUGCUCUUCACCAAGCAGAACCUGCCAGAAUCCUGUAUGUAAAUAUUCCAGUGCACACAGACGCUGUUUUAAUGCCUUUAGCGAAUACCUUUACCUGUCCGAAAGCGUCGUUAGCAGCGUCCUCAUCCUGACAGCGUCCGUCCGCCUCGAUCGCAGCCGACUGUCCCACAGCGAUGGUCCGCUGGUCGUUUGUUUACACAAUUUCCUCUUCUUUUUUCGUCCAUGCCAAGUGAAAUAUGUGGACGUGCCAAGUAUUAUAACGUUUUUAUAGACAAUUUGACAAGGUCUCUAAGUCCUUGCAGUGGUCAUUGGGUCAACAGCAUAUUAAAUCAACUGUGAAUUAACUGUGAAUUAAUUGAGGGGUAAUGGCUUCAUCCCCACUUUUAUUUUGGCGAGUAUUUAUUACUGGAGUGCUGACACAUUUGGGUUACAGAUUAGUAUUAGGCUUUGUAACGUGUAAUUAAUUUUUAACUGGGACAUGUGUACUCUACACAUAAUAACUUGUGGAACUGAGUCUUUAGAAACUGCUGUUGCCUCAAGUAGAAUGAUUUGUUGCUCAUAAGUUAGAAAAGUUACAAUGUUCAGCAUUUAUGCAUCUUUAUUAUGUAUCCAGUAGAGCUUGACUUACAUUGCAUAAUCCAUUCAUAUGUGUAUGUGUGUAUAUGCACGCGUGUAUGUAUAUGUACUCACACACACACACACACACACACACACACAGAGAAAAUCUUAAUCAUGUUAAAGGCUACUGUGCAAUACCAUAACACGACCAGACAGUUAAUAUAAACUUCCAGUGAACCCCAUCAUCAUUUCUAAGAUCAGUGCAGAUUAGAUGUGCUUCUGUAUCUUUCUGUUGCACAGUAGAAUUGGUGAAGGGAUUUGAUUGGCUGAAAGAGACUUUCUGCCUCAAAAUCAAAAAUGGCUCCCUCAGAAGCACCAUUGAUCAGUGAGUCCACAUGCGUGUGCCUUACUGAUUUUGUGCCUCAUCUCUAUUUUAUCUUUCUAUGUGGAAAAAAUAUUCCCACCCCCCCAAUAUUAUCCAGAUAUAAAUCAAUGCCUUAAAAGAGUAUUUAGCCUAUAAGAUCAUAUAAACUCAGGUCUAACGCACUGCUAAAAAAGGAAAUGAUCAGGUCUGUACAAAUUUAUACUGCACAUUAAUUCCUGUAGUCCUCAUAUUUUAUGAUAUUAGUUUCAUUUCUGUAUUUACAUGUGUUGAACCUUCAAAGUGACGUGACUGAAGAGUGUAGAUUGAUCUUGAUCCAGAUUAUUAAUUAUUUGUUUCCUGUGCUAUAAUAAUUAAUAUACAGUUCAGAGUGUCCUGGUUAGCACAUGGAUCAGUAGUGAAGUAGUAGGAAGGGCAAAUAAUCAGUGAAUAGAAACGAAUGUCAUAUAAUAGUGUUCAGUGACUGCAGUCGUCUAUACAAUAUGUCCAACAUCAUUUAAGGCUAAUUCCUCAAUUAACUUUAUCAAUGAGUGGAGAGGUUGGACUCAUUUUGUUUUAUGACAAAAAUUGUUUCUCAUCUUUUGAGAUAAGAGAAGAAGAAGGGGAAACAGGAAGUUGGGAGGAACUGAGCUGGGUUGAGACCGAUGUCCUGUGUGUCAGGGGUGUCCAGUCUUACCCGAAAAAGGGCCGGUGUGGGUGCAGUUCUUUGUUUUAGGCCAGCAGUAAGGCACCCUGUUCUAAUUGUGAAGGCCUUGAUUGAAGACCAUGAUUAGUUAAAUAGUAGAAACAGGUGUCUUAGUGUUGAAACAAACUCCUGCACCCACACCGGCCCUUUUCCGAUAAGAAGACGCGACACAGGGUGGGACAUCAGAACCGGAACCUGCUGUUGCUGAGCAGAGCCUGUUAGGCAAAGGGAGUGCUGAGAAUGGAAGAUGCCUCGUACCUGGAAGUUUUUAAUGAAUGUCUGUGGUUGAAACGAGAAAGUUGAGAGCAAAGUUUCGUUUUGAGGUGAUACAGAAAAGUAUUUUUAAAUUUUAAAAGGAGAUUUGGAAAGUAUGGCGAUGGAUCGAGAAGUUGUUCUAAAGAAUGUGAACCGUUGUGCAGAAAGAAUUUUAAGGAGGACAAAUGCCCUCUAGAGAUAUUUUAAAAAGAUCUCUUGGACAAACAGAAUCACUGUUUACAGUUCAGUGUUUUCCUGUUUACAGGAUAGGUUAACCUAAACAGUCACGUCUCGUCCUCCUACUUUUUCCUGUGAAUGCACUCAAAAAUAUAAAACAAGUAAGACCAUUUUAGUGAAAAUGAUAAAAACUUUUUCUGUGAUUCGUACAUGUUUCAUCUUCCAUUUUUGCUGAAGAGAAAUUACUUUGAUAACUGUAUGACUUUUAUGAAAUUCCAGUGCCAAUUUUGUUAACUAAAAUAUUGAUUUGGAUCAAUUCAGUGAGUUCUGGUUUUUAAAAAUGGGUUGGCUGAGAGUCAUGAGUCGGUGAGCUUCUGAUUUAUAAUGUCAGAUAGCUUCACUCUUUGGCAAAGGUCAUUCACAGGUGCACCGCUUUGGAAAGCGCUCACCUUAUUCUGACUCUAGAAGGGCCGUAAUUCAUUGUGGGAGAGAUUCAUCGGUUGUAUUCCGUACUCAUAUUUAUCACAAUGGCUGUAGAUAUUAAGUCUUUUAUUUUAUAAAUGUGUAUAAUAUGGGUUACUAAACUUACAUACUUUUGAAGAUAUCAUUUGUAGCCAUUUUAUAUGUGCUUCUCGGGGAAGCAUGACUUGAAAUCAUUUGACAAAGAAUCUGAGGUAGAUGCGAAUAGUUUUGGAAUGGCAUGUGGAGUUUGGGAUAUGCUGGAGUUCGGCCUGGGGGGGUCUGGAGUUUGGGAUAUGCUGGAGUUUGGCCUGGAGUAGGGGGGGGAAGCUGUGGUUAGCUAUUGUGCAGGCUCUACUUUGCAUUCAGAGUCAGCCGUGGUACAGGUUCAGGAAGUCUCUGACAAUAGUGGCCGUUAUUCCUGUCAUUGUGUGGCUGAGGAGACAGUGGGGUCACCCCGUCAGCUCGGAGCGCUUCAAAGCGGCUCUCAGAUCCCUGCGCCCCGAAAGUUCACUUGGGAGCAGGAACAAAAGCCACCGCCUGGCAAAAACAAUCAGGAGGGCCGUCGCCAUGGUGUCAACAAGGGAAAGUUACCCAAACCCUCGCUCACUUAUGCUAAAGGCUCACUCACUCACACACUGCAGCUAAAGACUCACUCACACACUGCAGCUAAAGGCUCACUCACUCACACACUGCAGCUAAAGGCUCACUCACACACUGCAGCUAAAGGCUCACUCACUCACACACUGCAGCUAAAGACUCACUCACUCACACACUGCAGCUAAAGGCUCACUCACACACUGCAGCUAAAGACUCACUCACUCACACACUGCAGCUAAAGGCUCACUCACUCACACACUGCAGCUAAAGGCUCACUCACUCACACACUGCAGCUAAAGGCUCACUCACACACUGCAGCUAAAGGCUCACUCACUCACACACUGCAGCUAAAGACUCACUUACACACUGCAGCUAAAGGCUCACUCACUCACACACUGCAGCUAAAGGCUCACUCACUCACACACUGCUAUUAAAGACUCACUCACACACUGCAGCUAAAGGCUCACUCACACACUGCAGCUAAAGACUCACUCACUCACACACUGCAGCUAAAGACUCACUCACACACUGCAGCUAAAGGCUCACUCACUCACACACUGCAGCUAAAGGCUCACUCACUCACACACUGCAGCUAAAGGCUCACUCACUCACACACUGCAGCUAAAGGCUCACUCACUCACACACACACACACUGCAGCUAAAGGCUCACUCACUCACACACAUCACACACUGCAGCUAAAGGCUCACUCACACACUGCAGCUAAAGACUCACUCACUCACACACUGCAGCUAAAGGCUCACUCACUCACACACACACACUGCAGCUAAAGGCUCACUCACUCACACACUGCAGCUAAAGGCUCACUCACUCACACACACACACUGCAGCUAAAGGCUCACACACACUGCAGCUAAAGGCUCACUCACUCACACACACACACACACUGCAGCUAAAGGCUCACUCACUCACACACUGCAGCUAAAGGCUCACUCACUCACACACACACACUGCAGCUAAAGGCUCACACACACUGCAGCUAAAGGCUCACUCACUCACACACACACACACACUGCAGCUAAAGGCUCACUCACUCACACACUGCAGCUAAAGGCUCACUCACUCACACACACACACUGCAGCUAAAGGCUCACACACACUGCAGCUAAAGGCUCACUCACUCACACACACACACACACUGCAGCUAAAGGCUCACUCACUCACACACUGCAGCUAAAGGCUCACUCACACACUGCAGCUAAAGGCUCACACAAAGUUACGUUUUCUGCUGUUUUGAUAUAGGAAGUUUUCUGGCAUUAGCUAUUCUGGUACCGUGACUGAACAUGUAUGUGUACUGUGAACUCACAGGUGUUUGGGUGAUUAGGCUGGGUGGUGUUAGGAAGAGAACGCUUGUGACAGCAUUGUCGUUAGGAGAGAGGGCCAGUGAAAUUAUUAAAUGAAGUUCUGUGAGUUGCUUGUAGCAGUUAGUAUCAGCCUGUAGCUAAACAAGCAGUCUUACCGCUUUCUCACCACGUUUUCUGUCAUUCUUUAACGGAAAUACUGGGAAUUAAAUCAACAUGAGUGUAGAAUAUAGAAAAAAAAUUAUUGUUCAGUAGAUACCAAGCUUGCUUCAAUUGUUUGCCAUUUGAAACGUUUGAGAUUUUUAAGCUUCCGUGUUAUUUUUGCCGUACAGCAUGGUGGGAUCAAAUAGAGCUCCACUUACAGUUUCACAUGAUGGGAGAAGUGAUGGCCGCCUUUCAGUCUCAAGUUCUUUAUGUCACCAUCUAACAUUAGCAUUAUAUACUGUUCUUAGUCUAUUUCAUUCACUAUACUGCUCAUUUGUAUGUGGAUUCUUUUAUGUGGAUUUUUCUAAGUACUUAGUUCUUUACUGGUAUGGGUAGAUUUUUAUCAACAAUCAGCAGUAUAUGGUUUACAUUUGCCAAACAGAAGAGUCACCCUGUGAAUCACAUCCACCAUUACUUGUGACGAUUCUCAGUUAUCGAGCUUGCUGCAAUUAAUAUUUCGCAGGAACCUGUUCAAACGGAUGGAAUGAAGUGGUGGAGGGUCAGAAAACCCCACUCUGUGAUCCAUUGAUAUGGUCUACAUUCGCAGCUUUUCAGCAAGCCUUUAACCUUUGACUUAUAUGAGGGAGAAAGUUUUCAGAGCCAAAGGGAGUUCAAAAGUAAUAUGUUAACGUACACAUUUGAGAUCUAUACAGGCUCCAGACACUUAAACUUGACUCUUACAGUUCCUUUCGCGUAUGGAUUUUUUAUGUACGAUUUGUGUAUUUUGGAAACCUAUCUAGUUGAUCAGCGCAGCAUUUUGGCGCAAAGGAAAAUGACAGAAGUCUGCUCUUCCUGAAUGAGAUCAUUGCAAUGAUUUGUGUAUAUUUUAGAUUCCCAUCAUUAAGUAUAAUAGUUCUUAAAUGCUAUAUUGCAAUAUUAAAGCUGUUUUGUGUGAAAAGGGCCUAUUGUUGACAAAGAAAUUAAGCUGGGAGUUCUCUUUUAAUGUUUUACAGUAAUCUGAGGAUGUAUCCUACAGAAGAUAUUUAUGGAAGGAAUUUUUUAAAAACUUUUUUCUGUAUAAAAUAUGCAACAAAACUACACUAAGAAGGAAAUAUUGAUGUCUACAUAGAUUGUAUGAAGGUUGGUACAUAAUUAUUAAAUGUCCUUCUCUCUUAUAAGCCAUUUUGAUUUGUUUUCAUGUUUUGUAGUUGGAAUUAUCAUCAGUUUCGAAUAACCCUUUAUAAUUUUUGUGUUUUAACUAGUAUGCGUGUCAGAAUUCAUAUAUGUGUAUUUUGAAGUGUUAUCUUUUUGAAGACCAGUAUUAAAAUAGUUAUGAACAUUAUUAGCUAACAGAAUUAUUCUGAUCUUGAAGAUGUUAAAAUAUAUAAUGAAGGUGGAAAUUUAAGCAAUAAUACUGUUGUGUUAAGGCACAGAACCUAUGUUUCUAAUGUUUUAGAGAUUUACAUUCACCACUGUAUUCAAAGAAAACAAACUGUGAGUUUUACUAUGCAAUGUCUACUAUAGCAACAAUGUCAAGGAACUAAUGUGGGAUUUUUAUAUUUUAUGCGUAGUUUGGGGGGAUAGCCGCUGGUAACUGAGUGUGACGACAUAAAACUGUGGUAGUUUGCAUGUGCAUGUAUUUUGUUCAUAAAUUGGAUAUAUUUUUGUGUAAUGUAUAUCUAUUUUAGCUCAUUAGAUGGCAAGAUAUUAUUUUUAAAUAUUUAGAAUAUGCCAAACUGCUAACUGUAUGCCUUACUACAUUAUGUACUAGUAUAUCUAAUAUAUCUUCAUACUGAGGUUCAGUACCUUACUGAAUAUGAGACUGAAUAAUAUACACUGCUUUUGAGGUAUAUUAGAUACCGAUGUAUAAGUGGUUUAAUUUAUGUAAUAUACUUACUUUUACUAAAAUUACUUUAAUUAUAACAUGAAAAUGGACAUAAGACAGAGAGAUGGGAGAAAAUUGUAUAACUGGGAAUUGUGCACAGAAAGUAGCCUCUGAUGUGUUAUGUCCAUAAAACGGCAUUCCGGAAUGUGCCUUAUUUGCCGAUUAGGGGAAAAGAUGCUUGCUUUAGUACUUUUAAGGGUUUUAUUGCAGAAUUAAAACUGUAUUCAAGGGGG